AUGCCGCGUCGAAAAGUCAACGCCGCGAACGUGACUGCCCCCGCCGUAGCGGUUGGCACCGACGGAAUGAGUAAGAGUGUUGUUGGUUGUGCAACGAAACAACGCGAAAAGCUGCAAAAAGUAAUUAAGAGAAGAGAAAAACGAGCACAUCGGAGGGCCCAGGACAAGAACAGCACAUUUGCAACCAGCAAAAUUAGUGAAAGAGGCUUGACAUCUCCUGGAAUUGGAGAUGUGGAAGAAGAAUCCGGGAAACUUCAGUCCAAAAUUGUGUUCACCGAUAUUCUUGCAAAAUGCUAUUCAGAAUGUGGUGAUGGAGGCUUAAAAUUUAUUGAAGAUGCCAGCUUGCUUGAUUGUGAAAAUGUCAAAUCACACGAUCUGAGAGAUGACCCCACCAGUGAGAAUUACGUGAAUACAGAUUUGUCGGGAGAAGCAUUUAAAGACAUUGAUCAUCACGUCUCAACAGAUAGGUAUGAGACUUUAAAAAAAAAGGGAGAGCGACAUCUUCGAGAAAUUAUCGAGUCGCUACAGGGAGAGCAGCAAGUCUCUUCCACAACAAGUGGGUCAGACUUAUGGAGUUCUUGGGACAUUGACAGUGAUAUUUGUGCGCAAGAAAUCUUGCAUAAGAUUGAUACGGAAAUACAAACUGAGGAUGCCCAGCGGCUACUAUCGUCCGAACCACGGCGGAUGCAUUGUGGGUGGUCUGAGGCGCGUCGACCCAGGUGCUCUUUACUUUUUGAGCAGUCAGCUCAGAUCUACACAAAGAUGACCCGAUCGGUCGCUCUAAUGCUGAUUCCAGCGAAAAAAAUUGUCGUGCCGGAUAUUUUCAGUGUCGAUUGGUUAAAGGAUGACAUUUGUGUUUCUCGAUCGUCAGCAGAAUGUGGAGAAGGAUUACAGCAGUUUAUGCUUCCUUCCGACCUGGUUCGACAAGACGGAUACAGAAUCGACCAAGCUCCAUCUAAAAUUACAUCGGCUGCUAACAGCUAUCUGUGCAAAUUCCGACGAUCGGAUAUCUCACUGACUUGUGCAUCGAUGAAUAUUCCAAAUAUAUGGGAAAUGAAUACCACAUUGGAUAUACUGGCAGAAUUGGUUACAGAGCAUUUAAGGCCUAUGUCAGAUCUCUUAGAGUCUACUACUUGCACGCAAAAUGAUGAGAAGGUGCCCGAGAAAUUAUAUGACUCAGAACAGCAUUCAAAAAAUUGGCAAGAUUGCAGCGAUGACAGAAUAACUGCUAAGCCGGCCGACCAGCCAUUAGUAACCGAUUCAAAAAGUAUGGUUAUUGCUGAAAACAGUCCUCUGAACACGGACUACUUUUUGAGCGAUCAAUUUUUGAAGUGUAAUUGGAGUAGGUCAUCCAUAGAAGCUGACACAUAUGACAUAACUUCAGCAAAGGAUACGGUUGUGAAUGGCUCCGAAAGGCCUUUGAACCAAGAUCAAUUGCUUCAACAAAUUGCUCGACCAGCGCUGUGGGAUCUGAUGCGUAAAAAAUUAAUUCAAGCAAACGAGACUUCUAUCAAGCGCACACUCAGCUGCAUCAGUUUGGAGGAGCUCGAAGCGCUAAUUUUUCAGCAAUUUUUGAGAGUCAAAAGCAUGUGCAUAAAUCCAUCAGCGUAUUCUAGUAUAGAAAUAGUUGAGGCUUGUACUAGCCUUCGCCAGGCUUCUUGGCUGCAUACUUUGCGCGCCGUUUUAAUCUACCACAAAAUGAAUGGAGCUUAUCACGAGAAUAUGACAGAUUCCAUCGUGAAUAAGAUUCUUUCCAGCGCCAUAUACAGACUUCUGUUGGGUGAUUCAAACUGGAAAGAUCUUAUCGUGUUUCUGCGAUUAAUGAGUGGAAGAAUCGAGUCAUCAAGCUUAAUCACUGAGCCUGAAGCCGAUACCUGCAACAUAAAUGAAGAAAAUCAGCCGACUUUGAAACGACAAAAAAUUUUGCAGUCAGAAAUAGAGAGAAUUCCUGUUCGAGUCCUGUGCUCAAUCAAGUUCUUAGAGCAGGACGAGCUUCUUGACGAACUCUGCACUGAGCAGCAAAUAUUUUUUAUUGAACGAGAUCUUUCUCCUCCGAUUGAUAUUCUGGUGGAUGAGAGUAAUUGCAUUUGCAUGGUGACUGAAGAUACAUUUCAAGUUGAAGCGAAGACGCGAAAUUUUAUUUUCAGCUUGGCUCGGCUACAGCUCCAGCUGCAUAAAUGCUGGCUUGUCAUUACUAUCAGAACUCCCCCUUCAGCUGAGAUAGAAAACAGAAUCACCUCGUUUUGUUCUGCUCUCGUGCAGUUUCGGAUCAGUAUUCAAGUUCUAACUAGUUUUUCGUGCGAAGAAACUGGUCGCCUUGUGCGCGCUGUUGUUGAUGAAUGCGCAGACGUUGCAAUGAAUGAAUACCGUAUCUUGCCCCGCGUAUGGUUCGAGCGUCCAUUUUUACUGGAAGAAGAGUCGCAAUUCGAACGCUUUUUGGUGUCAACAAACAUUAUCAAUCAGUAUUCAGCACAGUCACUACUGCACAGGAUAUCUUUGGACGACCUUUUUUCCAAAAGCAUUAAUGAUAUAAAACAUCUCGUUAAAGGCGCAGUGACGGACAAUCAGCUCAUGCUACUUUGGCGAUUUGUCCAGCAAGAUCACGGACUCAGAUGA